AUGAGUGGAAAAAUAAUUAAAAGCUUUUUCAUUGAACUUGUUACUUGGAUCUUUGUAGCAUCUAGCUUCUGUAAACAACUUAGUGAAGAAUGCGUUCAAAACAACACUUUGUUAAAUGUUAGAGUUGGUAGACUGUUAUUCGGAGAAAUAAAUGUACAGGAAGAAACAAAAAAUUCUUCUUUAAAAGGAAGAAUUGUAAGCAUACUAGAAAAAGAUGACAAUGAAUUUUCUAAACACUUAAAUACUUUAAUUCGUGAUGAGGAUUUUCGAAACAAAUUAAAAUCUUUAACACAUGAUGAUAAUGCACAAAAUGUACUUAAUUCCUUAAUGCGUUGUGAUAGUGCUGAAAAAGUAGAUAAGUUCGAAAGCUUUGAAGAAAAUAUCCAAAACUCAUUAAAUUCAUUGAAAUCACUUGAUGGAAAAGACAGCAUAUUUGGUGAUUUAGAAUUUUGUAAUUCUAAUGAAAGUAUCGACAAAAUUGCAAAGGACAAUGAUUCCAUCAGUGAACUUGAUAUCAUAAAACAUGAAAAAAAAAUUAUAAAAGCGGAUGCUAUGAAAAAAGAAAGGCAACUAGAUAAUUUGAAAUAUAAUUAUAAACAAAAUAUAUAUGGGAAAUCAGAGAAUCGUGGACUUUUAAAAAAAAUUGAUAAAAUAAUUGAAAGAGAUAUUUUAAAAUUGAUGCAAAGUAAUUGUGAUGAUAAUGCAAAUGACUGCAUUAAACCAUUGGUUUCAUUUAGUGAAUUACUGAGUGAUUUAAAAAAAUAUAGAAUAUUUGUACCACUUUUUAUUUUAGCAGGAAUCGCUAUCCUACUAACACCACCAUUAUUAUUUGCUAAUCUUACGGGGGCCACCAUAGCGUAUCCUUUUUUUUAUUUUAUAAUAUACAAUGGAUCAUUAUUCUCAUCUUUUGCUUUGGGUUUAUACUACCAGUUGAAAUUUAAAAAAUGCAAUAAAAUUAUAAAAAAAUUAAAAAAAAUUAAGUAA